UUUCCCUUCACAUAUCACCAAAAAAGAAAGAAAAAAACACAACCUUAGCUAAUUGAGUCCCUAUUCCCCUCUCUCCAUAUCACACCAGAAGGUCCAAAACAACACCAGAAGAUUAAAGAAUCUGUGGGAAACUUAGGGUAAAGAGCGAGGAGAAAUGGCCUCAACUGCAUGCUUCUUGCACCAUCAUGCCAUCACUACCCCAGCAAGAACAUCAUCACAACGUUAUGUUCUACCUCUUAAGCCCAACCAACUAGUCUGCCGUGCCCAAAAGCAGACUGUUCAAGAAGAAGAUGAUAGCAAUGUUGCUGCUGUUUCUCGUAGAUUGGCUCUGACUCUGCUCAUUGGUGCAGCUGCUGUUGGCUCAAAAGUCUCACCUGCUGAUGCCGCCUAUGGAGAAGCCGCUAAUGUUUUCGGCAAACCAAAGACAAACACGGAUUACAUUCCUUACAAUGGAGCUGGUUUUAAGCUGUCGAUUCCCUCAAAAUGGAACCCAAGCAAAGAAGUUGAGUUCCCUGGCCAAGUUCUUAGAUAUGAAGACAACUUCGAUAGCAACAGCAGUGUCUCUGUUAUAAUCAUCCCAUGUGACAAGAAAUCCAUCACUGACUAUGGUCCCCCUGAGGAAUUCCUCUCAAAGGUGGACUACUUGCUGGGAAAACAAGUCUACGCUGGCAAAACUGAAGCAGAGGGUGGAUUCGAACCAAACACCGUGGCAACCGCUAACAUAUUAGAGCAAGAAACUCCAAUAGUUAAUGGAAAGCAAUACUAUGUGAUAGCUGUGUUAACAAGAACUGCUGAUGGAGAUGAGGGAGGAAAACACCAACUUAUUAGAGCCACUGUAUCAGAUGGAAAACUCUGGAUUUGCAAGGCACAAGCAGGAGACAAGAGAUGGUUCAAAGGUGCCAGGAAAUAUAUCGAGAGCACAGCAGGUUCUUUCAGUGUUGCUUGAGAUGGACUUCUGGAUUUGCUUUGUUUGUAACUCAUCCUUAAAAAAGUGUUGGAUGUAUGGUUGAGUCCUUCAAACUUUUCUACCAGGAGCUUUAGAGCUAUUCAACGCUAAUGUGGAUAAUUCAAGUAUAACUUUGCAUAUAAGAACCCUCUACAAUGAACCAAAACUUUUGCCUCCUUUCAUCUCUUCUAGUGGUGCAAGCCAUGUGGUAAUUGGCCAUAAUUAGCACUUUCAUUUCUUUGGGCCA